GUGUCGUCAACGCCACCUUGCCACACCCAUCUCGGCUCGUCUCGCGAGCUUAGAGCCGACGCCUGCGUUUAAUGCUGGACCGACACCCCCUCCGCCUAGGACUGUCACUGAGGCCAUCCGGCAGGCUCGCAACUCUUUACGACUCUUCCGAGAGUCAACGGCAGCCGAGACAUCAGCCAGCGCUCCCAACGGUAACACCAACAGCAUCACCAACGGUAAACCCAACGAUGGUACGGCACAUCCUAACGACGACGGUACGGCUGAUACUGCCGCCUCCAACUGGCCUCGGCGGCUGAUCAUCGAGCUGCCGAUGCCGUCGCAGCGAGUGGGCUUUCUGGGCCGAGGCUCCCCUCCCACCGACCUGGUGUCCCUCACCGACGAGGCCGACUACCCGGGCGGCGAGCUGCAGCGCUUCCGAGUGGUGCGCGGGCUGGUGGAGCAGCUGCUGGAGGGCUACGACAGCCGCUUCCUGGGGUUCCUGGAGGACGGGGCGGACGGUGUGGGGCUGUGGUCGGCGGGGCCGCACAUGAGCUGCGUGGCCAACGUGAGCACCGCCACGGUUCCCUCGCUGCUCAAGCUGUUGGACGGCGGCUACGGCGGGCGGGUGCGCUCCCCGGGCCACUGCCUGGUGGCGGUGAACCCGCAGUGGACGGAUGCGGGCAGCGUGGGGCAGCCCUGGCAGUGGCGGCUCCGGCGGCGCGCCGCUGCCGCGCUUCACCCGCCCGCCUGGACCACCCUGUACUGCUGCCGGGUGGUGCGGGGGAGCGGGCGGGGGGGCGGGCGGGGCUCGUGCGGGGUGCUGCACCGGGCCUGGCCGCACCGGUGGGCGCUGUACCCCGCCGCUACACCUGACGCCCGCUGCCUGGGCGACUGCGUGCUUGCCACACCCGAGCUGCCCGCGCAGCAGCUGGUGCUGACCCGGCUCAACGAGGCACGACCGGAGAUGCGGAAGAAGGCGAAGGAGAUGGGGCUGGAUGAGCCCGGAUGGUUUUGAGCGAGGUGGCAUGUGGAGGGGCCCGGGUCGACCUGAGGAACGUGUGACCCGUGAGGUGGCAUGUGGAGGCCCCUGAUGAGGAUCUGAGGGCGUGUGCGGGGGCUGUUGAGGUGGUCUCAUGCGCGUGGGGCGUGUGAAAGCACAUGUGAAGCAUACCGGUAUAAGAAGCCGGGCGGCUGAGUGGCUUGAAGCACUGUCUCGGUGUCGUGAGGGUCUUUGAAUAUGUCCGAAGGUGCGCCGUGGCUGCUACGUAGGGCACAGCUCAGCAUUGCAUCUGCAGGCCUGUCUCCGUACGUGGCCUAUCUUAGCCUAUCUUGGUACGUGGUCAGAUCUUGGCCUAUCUUGGUACGACUGAUGUUUUAUGGUUUGAUCCGAAGGCAAUUGUUUGUUUGUUUGUGUGCAAGGGGAAGAAUGUAUGAGGAUGUAUUUCACACUGCAGGUACGAUAUUUGAAAUGCAUGACAUGGAUGAUGAUAUACGACAUGUAUUCAAUGUGCGAGGAAGUGUGAGACACGCGUGAUGUACGGCAUGUUAGGUUGUGGCGGAUCCCAGCAUUCGGUAUGCAUGCUUUCAGCCCUAAGCACAUGGGCUGCGGGUUUGCAAUCUUUGCAUCUUGCAUCUGAUCUGUUUACACGCGCUGAGGGGACCCGCCGUUUCGCGUGAAGCUGCUGCGUGACGGUUGCAGCCUCUGUUAGUUGUCGUCGCUUGUGUUGAUCUCAUCCUUGCGGCUGCACCCGUCUACUUCAUUAUUGCUGCGCUCAGUUAAGGAGAAGAAGUAACGUUGGGGAUUCACGCAUUGCGGAGAAGUGCUGCUGCUGUGCCUUGGCUCCGCUCGGAACAAUUAGUUGACCUCUUGUCUGGGGUGCUGGUGACAUGCAUGGGGUGAUGGUGACAUGCAUGCAACCACAAGCAUCGAGGUAGUGGUACGAUGCGAACGGUUCGGUUGCCUAGACGAGCAGAUAUGCGUUCAUUUCAGUCAGACAAGGUUGUGUUGUUGGGUUAGGACCCCUUACGAUGGCGUGUAAGUACGAGACCACGCUGAAAGGUAAGAUAUGUGGCGCAGGUGUUUGCACAUACUUUGCGAUAUGUAAGACAGAGGUCGUUG